CGGUACAUCUGGUGGCUAUUCUCGGCUGAUGGCGGCUGCCUACUGUGACUGAGCCUCACUGGGAAAAGGCAUCCAGAGGCUCUCCUAAAAAUAACAGAACAGAGAGUAAUCUAAGGGAUCCCAUUGCCCAGGUAUAGCUAUACCUCAAGUACACAUAUAUAUACAUUUACUCUAAGGCGUAUAUAUUAUAGGGAUUGAGAGUGCAAAUGUCCACCACAGGAACCGACAGAAGCGGUCGUUCCUUCCAGACGACAGCAGCCUGUGCCUCCUCGCUCUUGCUUGGUAUAGGGUUGAUUGGGAUUGAAGAGAAAUGGGCGAGAGAAGCGUUUUUGGCCGGUUCGGUCGUACACUGGCUGCUCUGAGAUACUCGUCAGCUCCCUUAUGUACAAGCCAGAACGAUAAUGAUUCGGUCACCAGCGACUAGCAUUUGGCUGACACAGGAGGACAUACAGUGCGCGGUAGAGCGAGCACUGCUUCGCUACAGCGUGGUUACUCCCUUCGAACGACUGAGCCUGGGAGGCCCGGACAGCGACGAGGAUGACGCCCGGUUUUUUGGUUCGUUCUAUUCCUCCGAGAAUUCAUCUUCGCCCGAAGUGCCAGGCUCCGAGGCAGAUUCAGAUGACGAUUUCGAGUCUGUUGUCAGCCAGCAAGAGUCAUAUACCGAGUGUCGCGAGGGGCGUGCUUCAUUUCUUCAGGGGGAGACUGCUGGCUAUGAGUUAGUUCACAAUAAGAAUCUGCAGCAGCCAUCAGACAGUGAUCAGAGUUGUGGAAGUGGGCAGGCUGAAGUGUUUAAUGUAGGAUCUGUGAAAAUUUUUCCUGUGAAAGACUUCAUCGAGCACCAUGUGUUUGCCCUCUCUGCACGCGUCACUGACACGACCGCGCAACAAAUCUCGAGGGCUUUUCCUCUCUUCCAUCUACCACCUGCGAGGGUGUCUUGGACGGCAAUCUGCGAUCCAUCGUCCCUUAGGUUGUCUGAACACGGGGAUGUCGCAUUGUUGGUAUCUGGUCAUUGGUCUUUGAAUCUACAGGUUCUCUGUUGGGCGUUGGUUGUUCGAAGACAUCACCACCACGAGCUAGAUCCUGCAGGCCAUAGCGGUAGUAUCUUUGAAAUUGUGAAAAUGCCUUGGAAUCAGAGUUUCGUCCCAGGAUACUCUGCUUCGGACUCCGAGAUGGCCGGUCUCUCGAUGCAGGGCAACCGGGUCCAGUCAUCGAUGGAGUCUGUUCUUUCCCGCAAUGCGUCAAGGCUGUAUUUUCCCACGAGCUUUGAAAGGACCAGGUUUGCCAAUGAUCCUUCUGGAGAAGUUGGAUCAUCUUGCCCUUAUUCCCAGUGGAAUACGCAGACCAUUCGAGUUGGCUCAGAAAACAGCAACCCAGCGUUCGAUUCGGCGGCCGGCCAUACAAACAACGGCCUCCUCCCCCGUCAGCAAAUGCCUAUGGACCUCUCGGGCCAACACGAGGCCACCGAAAAUGGGUACUACCCCAUUUUUCCUAGAAGUACUGCCAAGAGACAGGAUAGAGCAACUGCAGCCAUGAACACUGGUGAUUUUCUCUGCCACGUGGAAACUACCAAUCCUGAAGUUACGGAGGUCGAUGAUUAUUUUGAUAACAAGGAAAACAUUGACCCGUGCGGUCAAUACCCCCCCACCCUUCCUCGGACUGUGGGAGUCAAUGGUGCUUUUCACCACCGUCAACUCUCAACUGACUCUGAAGUUGAAAGCAACUAUUAUUUUGAUAACAAGGAAAACAUCGAUCCCCGCGGUGAUCUCCCAGGCAUUGCUGAAGUCGAGACCAAUGACCGUUUUGAUAGCGUCGGCCAACCCAGUGGAUCUCAAGUUGAGCACAACCUCCCCGGUUCAUCUGGCUGUCUGCUGUCCAGGACAGAUCCCGAUCGCCUUGCCUUGGCGGCCGCCGGUUUUAUGGUUCUUUACGACCGUCUUAUCGCAAGUGUAGAUGCCGAGGAACAGGAAGACGAGAUGAUGUUCAACUCGGAGUUUGCCGGGAUAUUUGGGGUUCAGUGAUUCGGUAUUCUGAUAUGCUUACAGUAUCAUACUUGAGACUUAGGAUAACCUAGGACUAGCCUCCAUGGGAAACUGAAAAAAAUGAAAUCCAUUCUGUC